AAAUCCCCCUCUCUACCUCUCUCUCCUUUCACCACAUCACUCCAUAUUUCAGGGAGUGAGUAUCAGUUUGAAGAGGCAUAGAUAUCAAAAUGGAUGCCAAGGGCAAGGGCAAGGGCAAGGCCAAGAUGCCUCCUAAUGAUGAUGAUCACAACCCUAACCCUAAGAGAACUCGCCCUUCUUCUUCAUCUGGUAUUGGAGCUACAUCUGUAGCUGAAGAUGAACGUUACGUGCUUGAAUGUUUGUCUCGAAUCCAACCUAUCUUGAGCAAUUGGGUACAAGUGGAAGUGAUGAAUGCACUUCAAACUCACUUUCAUCCUCUUUUAGAAUCAUUAAGAGAAAGGAGAGAGGGUGGAGAAGAAGCAAUUUUUGAAGGAGGGAUUGAGAAGUUCAAGCUAGUUUUCUGCAACCAACCACCCUCCACUAUCUUCACCAACAAUGAAAUCAAAGCAGAAAAUGGUGAGGCUCUAGUAGUUACAAUUUGUGAUGCCACAACCAAUGCCAUAAUCCGCACGGGUCGUCUGGCAUCGGCCCUGGUUGGGCUCGUCGUUGUCAAUGGAGACUAUGAUGAAACUAACAGUAGUUUGAGUGAAUUGAGUCGAAACAUUUUAUCUCCAAGAGAUGGGAAAAGGCCUUUACUGGUUGGUAAUGGUAUCAAACUCAACUUGGAGAAUGGCGUUGCUUUCAUUAAGUGUGUGUCUAUCACGGACAACUCGAGUUGGAUGAAAUCCAAGAAGUUUCGUUUGGUAGCGAAGUUUAUCGAUGAAAAAGUUCUAGCCAUGUUUCCAACCGUUGGGUUUGCUGUGUCCCAAUCUUUUAGGGUCAUGGAUCACCGUGGAGAAGUGAACAAGAAACAUCAUCCUCCAAGUAGAGAAGAUGAAGUUUGGCGAUUGGAAGGCAUACGAAAAGAUGGACCGUAUCACAGAAAUUUGUCCUCCCAUGGUAUCAAAAAUGUGGACGACUUCUUGCUCGAAUACCAAAAAAUAGGUCCUGCCCGUCUAAGAAAGCUGCUUGGUAACAAAGUUUCAGACAAAACAUGGAUAAUGGCGGUUGAAAAUGCUUUUGAGUGUCAGAGUUAUACCAUAUACGAGCCAUUCUCAGAGACAUGUUUUCCAGCAAAUAAUGUCAUGGGAGAUGAAACUUUUAACGAAGUCCAUGACAUUCUUGAGCAAAACAAUUUGAAUUAUGAGGAUAAGAGUCCACAAGUGUACUUUACGGAUGACUUUGGAAAUGAGCUUACUGAUUCGCCGCCAUUGUUUACCGGAGAAGUUUCAACUUCAUGUGACGCAGCUGCAGCCACAACUAUGUGCAACCACAACUAUGUGCAGCCGUCAUUGUUUACUGGAGGAGCUUUAACUUUACGUGACGUAGCUGCAGCUGCAGCCACAACUAUGUGCAGCCACAACUAUGUGCAACCGUCAUUGUUUACUGGAGUAGCUUCAACUUCAUGUGACGCAGCUGUAGCCAAAACUAUGUGCAGCCACAACUAUGCAAACACUCACACCGAUCAAAGACCUUUGACAAAGUGAGU